CAGAAGUUUUUUUUUUUUUUUUUUGUUUGCUGUUGAAUCUUUCUCCUUCACAAUCGUCGUCGUCGUGCCGGCCUCAAUGUUGAAACCUUCACCCAAAUCACUCUCUCUCACACACACUUCACACACUCGUUACCAUCACAAAACCUGUCAACGUGACAGAGAAAUCUUUCUUCCGCUUUUGUGUGUGUGAACAGAGAAAAUAAAAAUGGCGUCUUUGGGCAGCGUGGGAAGAAAUUCGCACAAGUUUGAGCGGCCCCCCUUCAACACCUCUUCUUCGUCGAGUUCUGCUCCGACGAAUUCUUCUUUGAAAAGCAAUGGCGGCGGCGGCGGUGCGCAAGGGCAGCAGCAUUCUGCCCGCCCGAAAGGUCCCACUUCGAAUUCAAGACGCUCAAUCACACCCACUUCAAGAACUCGUGCUCUGCCUGUUGAUUAUGACCCAGAAUCCGAAAGAGUGAGAGUUGCUGUAAGACUUCGACCUAGAAAUUCCGACGACCCUCCAGAUGCCGAUUAUGCCGAAUGUGUCGAAAUUCAGCCCGAGCUCAAAAGAUUGAAGCUAAGAAAGAACAAUUGGAGUUCCGAGGCAUACAGAUUCGACGAAGUAUUUACCGAAACUUCGUCUCAAAAACGUGUUUACGACGCUGUAGCAAAGCCUGUUGUUGAGAGUGUUCUGGAAGGUUAUAACGGCACGGUUAUGGCGUACGGUCAAACGGGUACAGGCAAGACUUACACACUCGGCAGAAUCGGUAAAGAAGAUCCAUCCGAAAGAGGAAUGAUGGUUCGAUCUUUAGAGGAUAUUUUAGCUUCUAUUUCUGCUACAGAUAGUGUCGAAGUCUCGUAUUUACAGUUGUACAUGGAAUCGAUUCAAGAUUUGCUCGCUCCGGAAAAGACGAACAUCCCAAUAGUGGAAGAUGCCAAGACUGGAGAAGUAUCGGUGCCCGGAAUCGAAAUUAUUAAAAUACGAAACCUCGAUCACUUCUUGCAAAUACUGCAGCUCGGAGAAUCCAACCGCCAUGCUGCUAAUACGAAGAUGAAUACAGAAUCUUCACGCAGCCACGCAAUUCUCACGGUUUAUAUACGUAGAUCUGGAAACGAGAAAGAAGAAACAGAAGCUAGCAAUGGAAAUCAUGUGCCGACUGUUCGGAAGAGCAAGCUGCUGAUCGUGGAUCUUGCGGGAUCCGAACGAGUCAACAAAUCAGGGAGCGAAGGGCACUUGCUCGAGGAAGCUAAAUUCAUCAAUCUAUCACUUAGUUCACUAGGAAAAUGCAUAAAUGCAUUGGCCGAAAACAGUCCGCAUAUUCCGAUUCGAGAUUCUAAGUUGACAAGGUUGCUUCGCGAUUCGUUUGGCGGUUCUGCAAGAACUUCACUCAUAAUAACAAUCGGGCCAUCUUCUCGUCAUCAUGCUGAAACUGCAAGCACUGUAAUGUUUGGGCAACGGGCAAUGAAAGUUGUGAACACAGUAAAGCUGAAAGAAGAAUUCGACUAUGAAAGCUUAUGCAAGAAGCUCGAGUCUCAAGUUGAUCGUCUCUCUGCAGAGAUUGAUAGGCAACAAAAGCUGAGAGAGAACGAAAGAGGAGAACUGAAUAAAUUGCUCGACGCAUUCGAGAAUUCUUCCGCCGAAGCAGAAAAGCGUUUUCUUGCGAAAUCCGAGUUGUUACAGAAAGAGAAUGCUCGAUUAGCGUCGGAAAUGAAAGAAGUACUACAAGAAUUGGAUAUGCAGAAACAACAGAACAAAAUGUUGAUUGAUGAGGUGGCACGCUUGGUAACGAGCGUGAAGAAUACUAAGUCUUUGGAGGAGGAAAAUGCUCGUUUGGAGUCGGAGUUGAAUGAUGUAAUAAAAGAGCUCCAAAAUCAGAAAGAUCAAAAUAUUAUCAUGCACGACGAGGUGAAGCGCAUGGAGAUGAAUUCGAAGCACAUCAAGCAACAGAAGCAAGAUAAUUCGGCAUAUCAGAAUGUACUAGCUGAAACAACGCAAAUGUACGAGGGGAAAAUAGCCGAUUUGAUGAAGCAAAUAUCCGAUAUUCAAGUGUCGUUGGAGAAAAACGAGGUGGAAAAUUCUAGGUAUCACAAAGCACUUGUAGACACAACAAAGAUGUACGAAAAUAGAAUAAAUGAAUUAAAUCGACAGUUUGAAGAAGAGCGUGCUCGUACAGGAGAAAUCGAAGAAGUGAAUUCGACAAAAGAGCUUUUGAAGGAGUAUCAAAAUUCAGUCCAGGUUAAUGCAAAGAAAGAGAUAAACGAGCUUCAAAUGACAUUGCAAGAAAUGAAUCAGCUACACGAAACAACUGCCAACGAACUUCGACUAUUAAGUGUCGAAUUCAAGAAUCUAGAAUCGGAAAAGGCAACACUAGAAAACGAACUUCACUAUGUGAAACAAUCACUUGAAAAAGAGGAAAAGCGAAGAAAGGAAUCGGAAACGGAGCUGCUUAACGUGAUGAAGGGUGUUCCCGAAAGCGAAGAAGACUUUGAGGAAAAGGUAUCUUAUAUGCAUGAGCAUUUAACCAAAAAGUUUUCGUCUUUACAAAAUCCGAACAAUUCUAAUCGGACAAGAGAAACCAUCCUCAGCCAGAGAAACACCAUCACCAAAAUAUGCGAAGAAGUUGGUCUCCAAAAGAUACUGUCUCUUUUAGAAUCGGGAGAUUUAGACGUCCAAAUUCCUGCUGUGAAAGUUGUGGCUAAUCUUGCAGCAGAAGAUAGCAAUCAGGAAAAGAUCGUGAACGAGGGUGGUUUAGAUGCACUGCUAAUGUUGGUGGAGUCAUCCAACAAUACGACUAUACUCAGAGUUGCUUCUGGCGCCAUAGCUAAUUUGGCUAUGAACGCUAUGAAUCAAGGUCUAAUAACAAACAAAGGAGGUGCUAAACUUCUUGCAAGUGCUUCUUCCAAAACGGACGAUCCUCAAACUCUUCGUAUGAUCGCUGGAGCAAUUGCAAAUUUAUGCGGAAAUGGGAAGUUACAUGUGAUAUUGAAAGAAGACGGAGCAAUAAAAGCUCUAUUAAGAAUGACGAGAUUAGAAAACACCGAUGUUAUUGCACAGGUUGCUAGGGGUUUGGCUAACUUCGCCAAGUGCGAAUCGAGGAGGUUCAUGCAAGGCCAUUGGAGGAGUCGUUCGCUUCUGAUGGACGAUGGAGCUCUUUCGUGGCUGGUGGCUAACUUGAACACCACUUCUACUUCGACCAGACGACACUUGGAACUUGCUAUUUGUCAUUUAGCUCAAAAUGAGGAGAAUGGGAGAGAUUUCAUAAGCAGUGGUGCUCUGAAAGAACUGAUCGAAAUAUCGGAGGGGUCCGCGAAAGAAGAUAUACGAAACUUGGCGAAGAAGACACUAAGAUUGAGUCCUUUAUUUCGAAAAGAAUUGCGUUCGGAAUGAACAUAGCAUAAGUUUGUAAUACAGAAUUCCACUCCCUGUGAGGUAGUUUAUAAUAUACAGAGUCUCACAGUUACAUACUCAAAAUACUUGUUCUGUUUAUAUAUUUUUGGUACAUAAAUGUAUAUUGUUGUAAAAUAGUCUCUUUAAUCUAGCUCUUUGGUUUGAUAA